AUGGAAAUGCUCACUGCCCUUCUUCUCAUCAUCAACGGCACACAGCCACGGUUAACGUUCAACAUCGAAUAUGUUUUGCAACAAUUUCGUAAUUGGCUGCCAAAUGUGGUCCUUGAGAAUAUUGUCGUGAUUCUCACUAACUGUAGUCGAUACACAGUUAACUUUGAACCGGAAACAAUUGGCUUGCCAUCGACCGUGAAAACAUUUUAUAUGCAGAAUUCAGCAUUUUCAAAUAGUACGAGAAAAAUGAAUUCACAGGUCAGACAACGACUACAAAUUGAUUGGAAUGAAUCAAUGAGUACAUUAGACAAAAUAAUUGAUCUUCUAGAAACACUCCCCUCACUAUCCACCCAAGCAUUCAUUGAUAUGGAUAGUGAUAAGAAUGACCUGAGAAGUCUGCUACAUGAAUCACGAUUGAUUAUCAAAGAAUUGCAGAUGCUGCAUGAGGCAUUAGACACUAAGGAAUUACCAAAUAAAACUCGAAAAGUUUAUUUGUGGACAUCCGUUCAACGUCAUAAUACACUUUGUUCAAAUUGUCAUACAGUGUACCAUGAACGAUGCACUUUAAAUGAAAUACCGAAACAAGGUGAUAGUCAGCUAGCAGCAUGUGCUGCAUUCGAUGCCAGUGGUACAAAAUGCACAAAAUGUCCAUCAAAAUGUUCUGUCAAAUUGCAUUAUCACGCAAGAAAAUCAGUUAAACCUGUUGAUCGAAGUCACACGGAAACAUUGAAGGCUGUGGAAGCAGAGCAAUCUCUCAAGUCCAAAGAUGCUAUAGAGAAAAAAUUAGAAAAUCAACUAGCCAAAAUUGAACGACGCGCAGAACAUCUCGGUUAUUUAGAACGCGAUAUCAAGCAACUGAGUUCAACUGCUGCUAGACCUGAAGUGCAAAAGUUUUUAGACAGAGUCAACGAUCUGUGUAAUACUUCGUCAACGCAAUUGCUCCGAGAGAAACACAAAGACCCCGAACAGCGAUCCGAAACUUCAACCGUUGUUGUGUCUACCCUUCAACAGUCCUCUUCAGAAAAUAAACCUCGUCGAAAACAAGCAAUAUCGCCACCACCACCAACGCGAGAAGAAACUAUUGAUCGAGUGUCAGCUAAAGGUGAAAACACAAUAUCAACCAGCAUCGUCAGUAAACAGAAACGCUUAACACCAACGCACGCUACGGAAAUGAAUAUAGAUGAUCACUACCAGGAUCCAGUAGAUUCUCCGCAUGAUGCCGACGAAAAAAUAAACCCAAAAAUCAAAGAAUUUGACGAUUUCAUCGAGCAACAUAUGCGCACAGCACAGGAUGAAGAAGAAUAUCAUUUAUUGAAAGUUUAUCGUCUGAUGAAAGAACGUGAUAAAAACGCACUUUUACGAGGUGCAGAAAAAUUAGCCGGAAUAUAA